GCCAAAACAAAGCUUUUGUUGUCUCUCACCUACUAUUCUUCUUGCCUCCUCCCUCCACCAGCAUCCCUGAGUCUGCCAUGGGCAACUGCUGGGGAACCAAGAUUAGCUCUGACACCGCCGCCUCCCCUUCCACAUCACCGUUCCCUCGCAGCGAGGGUGAGAUUCUCCGGUGUGCCAAUGUCAGGAGCUUCACCUUGACGGAGCUGAUGACCUCCACCCGGAACUUCCGGCCCGACAGCGUCCUCGGCGAGGGAGGCUUCGGCUCCGUCUUCAAGGGGUGGAUCGACGAGACCACCUUCGCCCCGGCCAGGCCCGGCACAGGGAUGGUCAUCGCUGUCAAGAAGCUCAACCAGCAGGGAUUGCAGGGGCACAGGGAGUGGCUGGCUGAAGUCAACUACCUGGGCCAGUUGUCUCACCCCAGUCUCGUAAGGCUCGUAGGGUACUGCCUCCAAGACGAGCAGCGCCUUCUCGUCUACGAGUUCAUGCCGCGAGGAAGCUUGGAGAACCAUCUUUUCAGGACCUCACGUUUCCAGCCGCUCUCCUGGAACCUACGAAUCAAAGUUGCCCUGGGAGCAGCCAAGGGCCUUGCGUUCUUGCACAGCGACAAGGCCAGAGUUAUCUACCGAGAUUUCAAGACAUCCAACGUGCUCCUGGAUUCGAACUACAACGCCAAGCUGUCUGACUUCGGUUUGGCAAAGGACGGGCCAACCGGCGACCAGAGCCACGUGUCCACCAGAGUCAUGGGCACCUACGGAUAUGCUGCUCCGGAAUAUCUCGCAACAGGUCAUCUCACGCCGAAGAGCGACGUCUACAGCUUCGGCGUCGUGCUGCUGGAGAUGCUGUCGGGCCGCCGCGCCAUGGACAAGAACCGCCCGGCCACCGAGCACAACCUCGUCGACUGGGCGCGCCCCUACCUCAGCAGCAAGCGCCGCGUCUCCCGCAUCCUGGACGACCGCCUGGCCGGCCACUACCCGCUGCCGGCCGUCCAAAGGGCGGCAGCGCUGGCGCUGCAGUGCCUCUCCGAGGACUCCAGGAAGAGGCCAACCAUGGACCAGGUCGUCGCGUCGCUGCAGCAACUCACAGCCGCCCAGGACCACGACGAUGCCCACCGGUCGUCGCGCAGGUACCCAAAAGAUCACCGUCAGGCUGCGGCGCUCAACAACCGGAAUCUGAACGCUCAUCGCCGCCUGUCCGCCUUGCCUCUACCCGAGUGAACUACCAUAUUCAUAUUCGAUCAUCUUUUGUAUCUUCACAAAAGUAGUAUGUAAAUCCGUGGUGAAGACCUGGGUAAUUAGUGAUAAAACACAACUUGAUUGUUGAUUAGAUGUAAAUGGUGGCUUCAACUUAACCGGUUUAUGGAA